UUCAAACAACGCAGCACUCUUUUGCUCAUUGUGCAAGAAAUAAUAUUCGUUGUUCUCUAAGAAAGCAUUUGAUUGUGACGAUACCAACAACUGCAACAAUGGCAUUUAUAGGAGGAGCGGGUUUGUCAGUAACAUUUUGGACGCUGUGUGAUUCUGUUAAGCAAGUGAAGGAGCAGUUCAAACCCCAACUCGGGGAUAUCAAAUCCACUCUGGACUCUUUGGAACCACUGAUCAAAGAGAUGGCAGAGUGUGAGAAGGAAUUGGAUGGUCAAGAGGAGGAACUAGAGAAUCUUAGAGUGGAAAUGGAGGAAGGAGUGGAGCUUAUUCGCAAGUGCUCGAAAGCGAGCAGGUUCAAGCAGUAUAAGUAUGGCAGCCGGCUUGUUAAAUUGAGCCAGUCACUUCAAAGAUUGUUGGGGAUACUCAAAGUGCAGGGAAUAAGGGAUGUGAAGAAGGCAUUGGUUUCAGUGAGGAACAUUGAGAUUGUCGUGCAGAGAAUUGAAGGGAAUUGUGUAAUACAGAACAAUCAGUCUGAAAAAAUUCAAGGGUGGUGUGCUGUGCCUGAGCCUCCAACAAUUACGGUUGGAUUGGAUGUGCCUUUGUGGGAAUUGAAGAAGAAGCUCUUUACUGACGGAGUUUCGAUGGUGAUAAUUACUGCUCCAGGAGGAUGUGGAAAAACUACACUGGCAACAAAGUUGUGCCAAGAUGCAGAGGUCAAAGAUAAAUUCAAGAGCAAUGUCUUCUUUGUUACUGUUUCAAAGAAGCCCAACUUAUACCUAAUUGUACAAGAGCUGAAUCAUGGAACGGGUGGCCAGGUCCCCGAUUUCCAAAAUGAAGCAACUGCAGUUAGCUGGCUGCAGCAAUUUCUGAAGCAAACAGGACAAAAUCCUAUGUUGUUGGUCCUAGAUGAUGUCUGGCCAGGAUCAGAAUUCAUUCUUGAGAAGUUUGAUGAAUUAAAGAUGUCAGAUUACAAGAUAUUGGUAACAUCAAGGUCUGCUUUUCCAAGAUUUGGUUCUCCAUAUUAUCUAGAAUGUUUGAACGAUGAAGAUGCAAUGGCACUUUUUCACCAUGCAGCAUCCUUAGGAGACAGGAGCUCUAAUAUUUCAGAAGAUCUUCCAAGAAAGAUAGUAGAACGUUGUAUGGGAUUUCCACUUGCAAUUACAGUUGUUGGAAGAUCACUUUGCGGGCAGCCAAUAGAGAUUUGGCAAAAAAGAGUAUUGGAAUGGUCCAGAGGUUCUUCUGUUCUUGAGUCUGAACAUGAUUUGCUUGAUUACCUCCAGAGUAGCUUAGAUGCUUUGGAUGGAGAGAAGUCUCUUAUCAGGGAAUGCUUCAUAGACCUUGGUUUAUUUCCCGAAGAUCAAAGAAUCUCUGCUACUGUCCUCAUCGAUAUGUGGGCAGAGUUAUAUGGCAUAGAAGACAUUUCGUCCAUUGUGAAUCUCUAUGAACUUGCCUCUCGGAGUUUGGCUAAUCUGGUAGUCACAAGGAACGACAACAAGGAUGGCGAUGGCUAUUACACUGAACACUUUGUUACACAGCUUGACAUGCUUAGGGAGUUGGCUAUCCAACAGAUUAGUCGGGAACCACUACAACAGAGAAUGAGACUUAUGAUUGACAUAAGUGGAGACAACUUUCCUAUGUGGUGGAAAGAACAAAAGUAUCAAUACCUCAUCACUCGCGUUGUAUCUAUCUCGACAGACGAAGAGUUCUCAUCUAAAUGGCAAAACUUGCAACUACCAGAAGCAGAGGUUUUGAUUUUGAACUUUCAGACCAAGUAUUAUGCCUUACCUGAGUUUGUGGAGAAAAUGAAUAAACUGAAGACUCUAGCACUCACAAGUUCGGGUAUCAGUCCUGCUGAGUUGAAUAACUUUCAAUUAGUUGAUUCGAAACCAAAUUUAAAGAGAAUCAGAUUAGAACGAAUUUCAUUUCCUUCGAUAAGCAGGUAUCCUAUUCAGUUGAAAAGUUUGAAAAAGAUUUCUCUAUUCAUGUGUAGCAUCGGCCAAGGUUUUGGUAACGGUUACAUACAUAUAUCAGAGGCGUUUCCAAAUCUUGUUGAAAUGAAUAUUGAUUACUGCAAUGAUUUGGUGGAGCUGCCUGCCGAUCUCUGUGACCUUAUUCAAUUGAAGAAACUCAGUGUCACCAAUUCUCAUAAGAUCUCUGUCUUACCCGAAGACAUUGGAAAUCUAGUAAAUUUAGAGCUGCUGAGGCUUAGGUGUUGUACAGACUUGUCAGAGUUACCCGGCUCGAUUAGGAACCUCAAGAACUUAAACUUGCUUGACAUAUCAAAUUGCUUUAGCCUUAAGGAAUUGCCUGAAGACAUUGGAGAAAUGUGCAGUUUAGAGAAGCUCAACAUGAGACAGUGCUCGAGAUUGAAUGAGUUGCCUUCAUCAGUUGUGGAUCUUGAAAAGUUAAUGGAAGUGACAUGUGAUGAAGAGACAGAAAUCUUAUGGGAGCCCUUCUUACCGUAUCUCAGGAACAUACACAUAAAGGUUGUGAAAGAAGAUAUGAACCUGAAUUGGCUCCACUAGUCUCUGUUGAAAGUUAAUGCACAUUGAUCAUCUAAAAUAAUCUACAUCAAUCUAGAGAAGUCCAAGAGUUGCUAGAUUGUCUAGAAUUAUCCAGUUAUUACAGCAAGUAUCUAGAAGAAUCAUGUAACUAUGAAUGUAAUUAAUUAAGUCUAACAUGGUCUAGCAUGAUCUAGACUAGUCCAUCAAGGUCGGUGGUACACUGGUACUAGUGAGUAAGUCGGUUAAUCAUCUCUAUAUAUGUCUAUUGAUGUACUCUUCUAAUUAUUAAUGAAACAAUUAAUCAAAGCUCCUCUAUUAAUAAUCAAAAGCUCCCCACCUCUCCUCUGUUUUCCUUUCAUACAACCUACCUCCUCUGUUUUUUUUAACUCAACCAUCUUCUAGUCCUAGCCCACUACUACUAAAAACUUCCGCACCAAAUACCAACAGUGGUAUCAAAGCCACAAAUUUUAACAGUCUCAUUUCUGAGACCUUUCUUUUCUCAAAUUAACAAAUGUUGCAGCAAUGCUGGUGAUACACUUUAAAUAGGCGUAUAAAUAAAUCCCUGCAAUCUCAAUGGUUAUCGAUGGUAGUAUAGGAAAGAGGGUGUCUCCUGUAGAGGAUUGUGGCUCAACAAUUGCAAAACAGACUCUGAAAACUCGAAACAGAUACUAGACAAAGACAAAAAUAAAAACUAUACCUAGACUCAACUAAAAAUUAUAAAAUUAAAUACACACUAACUAGACACACAGACGAAGAUGCACACGAAAUUUGGGGGUAAUAGGAGUUGAACUGCUAUACUAAAUAAAAUGAAGAAAAUGAGGGACAGAAGACUAAUGAAAACAGAAAGCAAUUAGGGGAUUUUGGUUUUGAUCAAAUAUGAGAAAACUAGCUAGGUACUACUUCUCACCACUAGACGAUGAUUACACCUAUGAUGUAUUUACUAACAUGUUCAAUU